GGAAUCGUGGAAGGGAGCGAGAGGGAGAGGGGGAGCGGAAGAAUGGGGAGGGAGAGAAGGGGGGAGUGAGUGGGGAAGUUUCACUCUCUGGUCUCUACCCGGUUUUUUCUUGCUUUCGUUAGUGUUCUUGGGGUUAGGGUUUCGCAUCUGGUCUGUUUCUACUUUCUAGAGUAUUAGGGUUUUGGGUUUUUGUUCAAGUUUCCGCCCAUACGUCAAUAGAUUGAUCGAUCCAUGGCUCAGGGGAGUGCGAGAACGACUGGAGUUGUGAAAUGGUUCAGCGGGACCAAGGGCUUUGGAUUCAUUACCCCGGACGAUGGUGGCGAAGAUCUCUUCGUCCACCAGUCAUCUAUUAAGUCUGAGGGUUAUAGGAGCCUUGCUGAGGGAGAAAAGGUUGAAUUCGUGAUUGAUACCGCCGAAGAUGGGAGGACAAAAGCUGUGGAUGUGACUGGCCCCGAUGGAUCUUACGUUCAAGGAAGCAGGAGAGAUGGUUACGGUGGUGGUGGUAGAGGUGGACGCGGUGGUGGGUACGGCUUUGGAAGUGGUUACGGCGGUGGUUAUGGUGGUGGAGGGUAUGGUUUUAACGGUGGUGGUGGCAGAGGCGGAAGAGGUGGUAGUGGAAGGAAUGGUGGUGGUGGUGGUGGUGCAGCUUGUUACAACUGUGGUGAGACUGGGCACUUUUCGAGGGAGUGUUAUCAGGCAAGUGGAGGCGGCAAUGGUGGAAGAAGGUAUGGUGGAGGCGGAUUUGGUGGUGGGAACUGCUACAAUUGUGGGGAGGAAGGCCAUUUCGCCAGAGAUUGCCCUAGUGGUUCGAGAAACUGACUGAACGAAGUAGUGAAUAUGCUCUGCCUUUUUUGUGGCUUUUCGUUCCUUAUCUUCUGCAUAUUGGUGGUGCUUUUUUAGUUUUUAGUUUUUUUUUGGGUCUUUCAAAGGCUUCUCUCAGGUUUCGUCUAAAGCGAUGAUACUACAGUAAUUUGAUGGGGUUUCCUGGUAUCUUUUCACUCUUUUUUUUCUUGUACUUUGAAACCUUUUGAUGAGAGCUGAUGACUAGGGUUGGUAUUGUUGGGCUCUCUCCAUCCAUUGGUGGCAUAUAUAUCAUGUAGCGUUUGCUUGGAUUAAUGGAAUAGGUUUAUUUUCUUGGUAUUAAUUUGA